CCAGAAUUGGCCAACAGGAGAAGUGUUGUGUUCCAUCAGGACAACGCCAGGCCACACAUGUCUCUAGUGACUCGCCAGAAUCUCUGGGAGCUUGGUUGGGAAGUUUUGAUGCAUCCACCAUAUAGUCCGGCACCAAGCGAUUACCAUGUUUUUCUUGCAUUGCAAAACUUCCUUAGUGAUAAGAAAUUGGCAUCAAGAGAAGAUUGUGAAAAUCGAUUACUAGAGUUUUUCGCCAAUAAGGACCAAGACUUCUGUGAAAGAGGCAUUAUGAAGCUACUUUUAAAAUGGCAAAAAAUUAUAAAACAAAACGGUGCAUAUUUAACCCAAAUCAGACAAUCCGAAACAUGUUAA